AUGGAGUGGCCAGCAUGUACGGACGAGUACGAGAAGCUCGUAAAUCGCAUGAGCACUCCCAGGGUCGUCAUAGAUAAUGCCGUGUGCUCUACUGCAACAAUAGUCAAGGUUGAUAGCGGCAGAAAACAUGGGAUUCUUUUGUAUGCCGUACAAGUGCUUUCUGAUCUGAACCUUUCAAUUAAGAAGGCUUACAUCUCCUCUGAUGGCAGGUGGUUCAUGGAUGUUUUUCAUGUCACUGAUCAAAACGGAAACAAGCUAACCGAUGAGAGCGUUUUGAGAUAUAUUGAACAGUCCCUUGGCGGAAUUCACAGUGGGAAUACCAAUGACUUAAAUGGUCUCACUAUCCUUGAAUUAACCGGCACGGACCGCGUUGGUCUUCUUUCGGAGGUAUUUGCUGUACUAGCUGAGCAGCAAUGUGAUGUUGUUGAUGCUAAGUUUUGGACUCAUAAUGGCCGGAUUGCCUCCUUAAUCUAUGUGAAGGACAGCAAUGCUGGGUCUCUUAUGGAGGACUCUCAGAGAAUUAGUACAAUUGAAGCACGUUUAAGAAAUGUUUUAAAGGGUGACAAUGAUAUUAGAAGUGCAAAAACUUCCAUCACUGAUGCCGUUGUGCACACCGAAAGAAGGUUGCACCAAAUGAUGUACACUGACCGUGAUUACCAGAGGAAUCCCAUUUUCAAGUUUACUUCCGAUACCCCAAUAGUCACGGUCCAAAAUUGGGCGGAAAGGGGUUAUUCAGUUGUCAAUAUUCAGUGCAAGGAUCGAAUUAAACUUUUGUUUGAUGUCGUGUGCAAUUUGACUGACAUGGAAUAUGUUGUGUUCCAUGCAACUAUUAACACAACAGUUGACCAAGCGUAUCUGGAGUUUUAUAUAAGACACAAGGAUGGCACCCCAAUUAGUUCAGAACCAGAACGUCAUCGUGUGAUUCAAUGCCUGCAAGCUGCAGUGGAGAGAAGGGCAUUUGAGGGUGUUAGGCUAGAGUUAUGCAUGAAAGAUAGACAGGGGCUUCUUGCUGAAGUGAUGAGAACUUUUCGAGAGAAUGGGCUGAAUGUGACAAGGGCUGAGAUAUCUACCAUUGGGGACAUGACAUCAAAUGUUUUUUAUGUAACGGAUGCGAUAGGAUACCCUGCUGAUCCAAAAAUCAUCGAAUCUGUUAGGCAGAAAGUUGGGUUGAGCAAUUUAAAAGUGAAGGAGGUAGCAUUGGUAUGCCAUGAGAAGGCAGAAAGGGAAGAUGAAGCAGUUGGGGUUGGUGGGGCAGUGUUGCUGUGUCUGGGGAGCCUGGUGAGAAGGAAUCUUUACAAUUUGGGUUUGAUAAAAUCGUGUUCUUGA